GGUUUUAUUUUACAUGUUGAGGUUCAUAGGUACUUGAGACCUUUUAUGAUCAAUCUAUAUACUCAACUGUAAGAGAGCAGGGGCCGAUAUGCUGUCCAUUCUAGUUGCCCUUUUAGCCCUAACCCGGCUUUCGGCUGGCAAAGCCGUGUUUGCACAUUACAUGGUUGGAUCAAUGACUUCCAGUGAAGCAUCCCAAGACAUCAGCAAUGCCAUCGCCGCAGGCUUUGACGGUUUCGCACUCAAUACACACACCAUCAGCAGUAGCGAUACAUGGAACACAGAUGCAAUCAACUACCUCCUCAACGCUGCACAGGGGACAAACUUCAAAAUGUUUUUAUCUUUUGACAUGUCCUGGAACCUAGAUGUAGCUAGUCUGGGCUCUUUCCUGCUGCAAUUUAGUAGUCACUCUCAAUAUUAUACCACAGAUGACGGGAGGCCGUGGGUGAGUACAUAUGACGGCGGCUCGAUUGAUAGUGCGACAUGGGAUAGUUCAUUUAUUCAGCCUCUUGUCACUGGUGGUGUGACACCGUACUUUGUGCCUGAUUUCGAUGAUUGGUCUGGCUUUCCGCAGGGGUUUUUCGAUUCGUUUCCUGUUGUGGAUGGGGCGUUUAGUUGGGAGAGUGCGUGGCCUAGUGCGGGCAGCACGGCGGCGAAUGUUAGUGAUUCUGUGGAUGAGAGCUUGAUUCAGCAGGCUCAUGCUGCUGGGAAGGUUUAUAUGAUGCCACUAUCAACAUUCCAAUUCAAAUACCUCGGCUCAGGACAAGACUGGUACCGCAUCGGCGAAACAAACUUACCAGAACGCAUGGCCCAGAUACUAGCCCUACAACCCGACUUCGUCGAAGUAAUCACCUGGAACGAUGCAGGCGAAUCGCAUUACGUCGGCAGCUUCUGGCCCGAGCAAAUCGCAGGCACGAAUGAAGAUGAUUAUGCAAAUGGGUUCGAUCAUACCGGUUGGCAGAAAGUCAUCAAGCCUUUUAUUACGGCGUUUAAGAAUGGUGCGACGGAGGUUUCGUCCAUGGUGAGUGAGAGCGGGAAUCCGGAGGGAGCGAUUUGGUAUCGCACCUUACUCACGAGCGCGAGUUGCUCGAGCACAAUUACGAAUUAUCAGCAGGCUCGGGAUGCGAUUAAUUUUGCCGUGAUUUUACCGUCGUCUUCUUCUCCGUAUACGAUCGAGGUGUAUAGUAACAAUCAACUCAUCGGUACAUUUUCUGGGGUUGAGGGACUCAAUUAUGAGUCUGUGCCUGGUCUGCAGGCUGGUGGCGGUCAAUAUAUUCAAGUCUUGGAUAGUACGGGGGAUAUUGUUGCGUCGGCGAAUGGGACGAAGAAUGUUUUGAGUGAGGGUUCGGAUUCGUCGAUGUGUAAUUGGAAUUAUGAGGUUGUUGGGUUGCCCUAAUCAGACUUCAACAUUCAUGAAUGGAGGAUCCACUUCUAGAUUACAGAAAUCCUGCUCAUGCUUGCUUUGGAGCGGCAGUCUAGCAAUGGUUGGUGACUGUUGACGAAUAUUAAUAGAUACGAAUUAUGAGUUACAAUGAAUAAGCAAUAAUGUUAAAUCAUUUAUUUAUGCAUAAAGCUAGCACAAACAUAGUCAAUAUCAUAGACAUAAACGAAACUCGAAGGUUCUAGGGAUUGUACAGGUUCGAAGGUGACAAGUUUUUCGAUCAUAUAAGACCGCAGAAAAAGGAAGCUUCUAAACUGAAGUUGUAAUGAGUGUUACUUAUGAAUGCUGGAACACAGCUUUCCAAGAACAGCGUACAAAACAACCAUACCUGCCAUGUUUAGAAGUGAGAAUAGAUAUUAGACAAUAGCGUAACCAAUCGCUACUCUAAGCGUAAAAAGAUGUUUAAAAAAGAAACGAAGGCAGAGUAACGUUGUAUGUAACAUUUUGUAGAAGAGAAAAUGAAGUCAUGACGACUCCAGUUUAAAUCAAGGCCAAGAUAGCGAUGGCACCAGCUAAUACGCCGGCCUUACCAACCUUGACAGCUGAGGCGGCACCGGUGUAGAGAGGGCUGCUGGGUUUAGUGGUUGUUGCACCAGGCUUAGAGAAGGGAGAAGGAGUGAAGGUUGGAGCAGCUGAUGCUGGUGCUGUAGGACCAGCCGGUGCGGAACUGGUUGAUGCUCCAACGGGGUAAGGAGGAACAACAGUGCUCACAGCUUCGGGUGAGAUGGAAGUUGGGACUGGAACGACAACAGUGGAUUCACCGCCAGGAACUGGAACCACGGAAGUGGUUCCACCAACGGGAACAACCGGGACGAUUGUAGUACCAGGAACAACCACCGGAGGGGUUGAGGUGCUCACUGCAGUAACAGUGAUAGUGCUUGUUCCGGUCACGGGGAUGGUGAAGGUAGACGAUCCGCUUGUUGUGGCUGC